AUGCGCGCAAGCGACUUCUUCAAAGAGCCAAAAAUAAAGAUGUCAAAAGACGGGGCAGAAGAGUAUGAAAUGCCGUCAUCGCAGAGCCAGGAAGAAUGGGCGUGUCUGGCCAAACAGUUUCUUAGCAACGUGUCGUAUGCAGAACAGAACAUCCAAACAGAAGCGCAUCUGGAAAUAGCAAGAAAAGAGCUACAGGAGAAGGGCAUCAUAAAACAGGAGAAAAUAGAACAAAAAACAUACUCUGGAGCAACAUGCACACUAAAGCCUGCCAUCCUUAGAGAAAUAUCAAAAAGACUGGGCGAUGUUGCCAAUACAAUGAAAGAGCUAGAGAAAGAGGAAGACAAAAAGAGGUAUAUUAUCUCUUUCUUUGAAAAUAAGGAAUUUGUUAAAAGAAAAGACAGAGACCUUGUCGUGCACAUUUCCGAUAAGCUAUUUCUGUCUCUAGCAGCAAUUCAGAAGGGAACAGAGGAGUCGUACAUAGAAGGCAUUCUUUUCAUUGGCGGAGUGGAGCACAGGGGAUACAUAAUAGAAAAAAAAAUAGAACAGUUUGAGAUUCUAUCAAACGAGAGCAAAACACUGAACAUACACUGCUCUUCUGCAGACACAGAAGUACUAGGCAAGCUGGCGAAUGCAAUACACGAGUAUAGAGAUAGAGUAAACAGCACUGAAAUAAUAAAAGAAUACGCCACACAGGCAGAACGCGCCAAAGUGCAGAGAGUUUUCCAAAAGCCACCUGUCCAGUCUAAGCACAUCGUGUUCCUUUUGUGUGCUCUAAAACAAGGGCUUUCUUUUGAAACUGCAGUUGCACUGAUAAAAACCCGCGCAUAG